UGCAUUCACGGAAGGCGCCCGAAAACGCGUCGGAAAAAGGCAUCGGGGGCAGCGCGCGUUCGUGUCGCCCAUUGUUAUCCUCGUCGCGUGUAAUGGCUACCGUAGAGUUUGUUGACGGUGUUCGGUCUGCUUGUUCGUGCAUCGGCCUAUCCUGAGCCACGGUACGCGCCGACGUGGCCCAACCUUACGGAAAUAAAAUCGAGAAGAGCUUUACGCCAAGGUACCGCCAAUUUUAUGCAACCGAGAAACCCGCGCUUCGUAUACCAGUCGCCGCAACCGCCACCGCGCUUGGACGACAUGAUCUGCGCGGGUCAACGCUGUUCGUUGACAAGCGUGUAACUCAAAACUGAUUUCACGGCAUCCUGAAGAGGAAAUAUUGUAACGGCGUUGUGUUUAGUGUUAAUUUUAGCAGGAUCUAAUAUACUAAAAAAGUGUAUCAAAGCUCUAAAUCGAUCGCCAUUGAUUUUCCGCCACGACCACGGCCCUACCGACACGAGGAACUUGUUCUCGGAUGUUGUAUAGGACGAAAUAUUUAAAUCAUUUAUUAAAGUAUCACGAUCAUCAGGAUUAGUGUGACCAGCUGCGCGGCAUUCCGCGCCGCAGUCAUGGCAACUAGAAGACCAUCCGUUUGGCACCCAGGCAUGUAACCCGCGGCGCCCGUGUAGACUAUCACAUGGUCAAAGGCAACACAUCAAUGGCCCUAGAAUCAAAUGGCAACAACGUGGUGUGGUUGAACACAACCCGUCCUGAUCAAAUACAACAGGUAUGCAGCUUGUAUACCAGCACGACGUAAAAAAGGAACGAGUUUUCUCCAUUGAGCCAACCAAUCGAGCAGCCAGUGAAGUGUUCCAUGUUUACUCAAACCGAGCAAACCAAUAGUUUUACUCAGACGGAGCAGAGCAAUUCAAGCUACGGCGAUCAGAGACAGCAGCAAGCAGCCAUGUUUGAUCCACAACAAAUACAGCAGCAACAAGCUGCUCAAGGUCAACAAUCGCAGCAGCAACAAUCUCAACAGAUGUAUGUUACGACAGACAAGAAAGAGGACAAAUCCCAGCAGCAAUCAGCAACUGCGGACUUCCCUUUCUAUUACAAUGUCAACAUGCUUCAAAAGGUUCAAACAAAUGCGGUGAGCACAAUUGGUGCGAUCACAACUGACGACAAGGGUUGUUAUCGUUUUGAUGUGCAACCUGUCGGUUAUAACACAUUAUUGAAUCAGAUGAGUAUUGCGGCUGCUACCAAUGCGACCUUCAAAUGUGACAUUUGUGGUUUGGUCUUUGGACAUAUGAGUUUGCUGAAUCAUCACAAACGGAUUCAUAAUACAACACCUAGUAAUCUUCAACAACAACCACAACAAGUUGUUGUACAAACACCUACAACAGUUACUGUUGCAACUACACCAGAAAGACCAUAUACCUGUGAUGUGUGUGGAGCUUGUUUUGCAUUACCAGGAGAAUUAAAGAGCCAUAAGACAAAUAUGCACCAAAAGCCAAAAGUGCAAAUUUGCGAAGAUUGUGGCAGUGAAGACCCCUGUGAACAUCAUCCUACUAAAAUUAAAAAAACUAUCAAGCCUGGUCAUCAUCCUGUGAAACGAAGGGGUGUUACCAGUGUAACUAAAUGCCAUAAAUGUAAUGGCACAGGAAUAAUUUUUAUUGGUAAACACGACGAAAAACUAGAUUCUGGAAUCAGUUCCCUCGCAAAGUGUGGCGGCUGCAAGGCAACAGGCCGCAUCAUCAUAGGAAGUGGUAAACAGAACAGUCAAAAUCAAGCAGAGAAGCCAUUUCAUUGUAAUGUGUGUGAUGGAACAUUCUCCAGAUAUUCGUCACUUUGGUCCCAUAAGAGACUCCAUUCUGGAGAUAAACCAUUCAAGUGUGAAGUUUGUGGUUUAGCUUUUGCAAAAGCUGCCUAUUUAAAAAAUCAUGGACGAGUGCAUACUGGUGAAAAACCAUUCAAAUGUAGUGUUUGUGGUAUGCAGUUCUCGCAAAGUCCUCAUUUAAAGAAUCAUGAAAGAAUUCAUUCUGGUGAACGUCCUUAUCAGUGUGAAGUGUGUGAAAAAACAUUCGCCAGACAUUCAACUCUUUGGAAUCAUAGAAGAAUUCAUACCGGUGAAAAACCCUAUAGAUGUAAUAUAUGUGGUUCGGCCUUUAAUCAAGCUACACAUCUGAAAAAUCAUGCAAAAGUUCAUACUGGUGAAAAACCACACAGAUGUGAUAUAUGUGAGAUUGGAUUUUCCGACCGCUUUGCAUUAAAGCGUCAUCGUGCAAUUCAUGAAAAAUAUGGUCAAACCGCUCGAAAUCAGAAUGCGAAUAAUCCAAGUAACGCACAGCAAGCGAAUGCAAGUAAUCAGCAGCAGCAACAACAGCAACAACAGCAGCCCCAACAAGCUCAGCAAGGUCAACAGGUUGUUGUAGUGAAUGCCACAACUCCUGUUACAGUGAGUCAAGGUCAAGGGCAAGCGGUAAUGCUCGAAGAGGUCUACAAGUGUCAGGUGACCUUCCCAGAGCCUAAAUGAUUCAGCUAGAGAAUACCUUUCAGGAGUUGGUAAAGGGGUUAAUUUUUUAACCUUUUUAAACAAACAAAAUACUAAUUAACAUGAAAAUGCGUGCAAACGUAUGUAAAAAAAAAAUAACAUAAAAGGAAAUGUGGACAACAUUCAGGAAGAUGCAAGUUUCUGGAGUGAUUGGCAGCACAUUUUCUGUGCAGAUUCUGUGGGAAGAUUAUUUGGUGACAGUCGGGUAUAUCUUUAAAAAAACGCAUGAAAAAGGGUAUCAUAAAAAGCAAAAAAAAAAAAGUAAAGACUCAGCGAUAGUUUGCGCGAGUGAAUAAUUUUCGUAGGGCGUGACUAGGAAGAGUACGGCUCGUAAAAAAUCGGAACACUCUUCUGACCACCUUAAUAGCGAAAAAAAAUAUUUUGUGAAUGAAUACGAGACCAUAUUAAAGGAAAAAAUGAAGUAACAAAAAAAAAAUAAUAAUAAUAAAUCUACUUUAUAUUUUCUCACUUGAGAUAGACACAUUACUUAGAAACAUUAACAUCGGAACAAAUAGCAAAUUUCUUGGUUUUAAUGAUAAUAUAGUUUUUUUCUCCCAGUAAUUUGCAAACAUCGAAUUGCAAGCUAUUUUUUGUUUCUUUUUCUUGUAUUUUUUGGAAUCUAUCCUCGCUCUAAACAAAGUUUAAUAAAAAAAAAAAAAAUUAUAAUUAAUUAAAUGCAAUUAUCUAGGUUUUGUGAUUCAUUAAACGAUAAAAAUUGUAUGUGAUAGAAUGAACUUGGCUAGACAGGAAGCAGCAGAAACUUGAUCAUUCUAAUUCUGAUAAAUUAUGCAUACUAUGCAUAUUUAUUAAUGACGUAGGUAAAUGUCAAUUUCAAGAACGAAUCUAAAAAUACAGAUAUUAAUAAGAUUAAAUAAAAAAGAAAAAAAUCUUAUUUUAAAAGCCUGAACCUCGGCCCUUGCUUCUUAAAAUUUCACUAAAAAAAAAAAGAAAAAAAAGAAAAUUAAAUAUUAAAUUAUCUCGUUUCUUUUUGUGAAAUUAAAAAUUGCAAAAAACAAAACGAAAAAAUAAAAAAGUUAAAAAUGAAAAAAAUCAUCAAAAAUGAAAAUAAUAUGUAAAUUUUCAUCAAGAGACAUAAUUAAUCAUUUUUACAUGUAUCCUUAUUUUUUGAAAUGGCAGUCGUGGUACGGAACGAUAUCGCGAUUUGAGCGAGCCCUCUUCCGUCCAGUCAUUCGGGAUCACAAUAAAAGAAUAAUUAUUGCGUUAUUGCAAUAACAACGACCACGAUUUAAAAAAAGAAUGAAUGACGACAAAAGUAACACAAGAAAAAAAAAAUUUCUAUCUCACACGGAGCUGCAAUAAAUAAUAGUGAAUAUCGACGGGCAGACUAAUCUGUUUUAUAAUUUUAAGGCCGUGAACUAUAAUGGAUAUCAGUUACUAAAAUAGUUGCUAGUUUGUAACGGCAAAAUAGCUGGCUAGAGAUUAUCUAUACAAUAUAUACAUAAUUAAUUUUUAUAUCCCCAUUUGUUAAGAGCGAUGGCCAAACCCCGUCGCUGCGAAUUCUUAAAAUAGCAGUGAAUCAGAAAUCGAUUCGAUUGAUUGUAACUUAAAAAAGAAAUAUCGGCGGUAUUUUCCACAGCUCCGACUGGUCGGUAACUUGUGGUACCGGCGAUGAUUAGGAUAACACUUAUGCCAUUUUGAAAAAAAAGAAAUAUACUGUUCCUCGAGCAUUUUCAUCGAUUGCAUUCUUUAAUAUAAUGUUUCUUUUAACAUUUCUUGAUAGUUUCGAAUAAAAUUUAUACUUUAUCUCUGUUUUGUUUUUGAUAAAAAUAAUUAAUGAAAUCAAACAUUUUUUUAUUUUUUAAAAUUCAAUAAAAUUAUCAUAAGAAUCCAUUAAUAAAUUGUUUUAAAAAUUGUUCAAUCAGCUUGAUAUCUAAAGUGUUUUUUCUAUGAGAAACAAAAAAAAAAACAAUUUAAAUAAAUCAUUUUAAUAAAUCGACAUUAAAAUAUAACGGGGAACAGAUGACAAUAUGGCUCAUAGUGAUGUCCCAAAAAUCAUUCUUUUAUACAGUGUAUAACUGAGUAUCGAAGUAUUAUCGAAGGAAUGCCAUCGAAAUGUGAUCACAAAGUGAUCGAUCCUCUGCAAUCAUUGAUUAGUUCGGAAGAUUUUGCAAGGAAAGUCUGGGAUUGGGGAUUAUUUUGUUUUUAUCGCUAUAACUUGUAAAAUAAAGAUAAUGCUAUUACGUUUAAUUUACUUUUAAUAUGGUCAUAAUACCUGCUACAGUAUUUUCGAUUAGCUUAGAGAACUUUUUUUUUUUUUUUUUGUGUUUUCUGAAUUUUUCAUUCGUCAAAUGCUCUUUAAUUUUUUCCUUUUUUAAUGCACAUUUACAUCUAUUUCAAAUGCAAAUUUCAAAACUUUCAAUAAAAGUAUGUUUUCCUUUCUAUUUUUUUAAGUGGCAUAAUUCAGAUUUGUUAGAAAUAUAAUUCAUCUCACUUGUCAGUGCAAUGACUUCUCCUUUAAGUUAUCGUUCAUAAAGCUGUAAUCGUAGUUUAUUGAAGAAUAAUCAUGUACGGAAUACCCGAUACGUUUGAAUCUUUGAUCGUCUUUUAUUUAAAAUUUAGCCACUUUAGUCAUAUCAUUUUGAAAAUAGCAAAACAUGUAAAUGAACACUUAAUCACAGUGUCUAAAAUAAAAAACCAUUUCUCUCUAUUAUUUCAUUGUAUGACAGUACUUUUGAGGAAAAGCAGAGUUUGUAAAUAUAUAUUACUAAUUGUACAAUGUCCCCAGGUCGAAGAGGAGGGCUCUAAUCAUUGCGUUUUACGAAACGACUCACUUUUAUUCGAUUAAGCGAAUGAAAGCACGAAAAAAAAAAGUAAAUAUGAUUUUUUCGAAUUCUAUGAUCUAAACUCAAAAUUAUAAUCACUAAUUAAUCAUUUAAAUGAUUUAAUAAAUAAAUUGCUCAAAAUAAUUACGAACUAAUUCAUUUGUAAGAUCUUGGUAACGUAUAUAAUUUACGUUUUUUUUUUUUUAAUCUUUAAUUGAAUUUUAAAAAAUUUUCAAUCUUUAAAAUUUCACACAUUUGUAUUUCUUAUUUAUAAAUUUCGAUUCAUUUUUCAGAAUCAGAUUCAGAUCGAUCCUCUAAUUAUUUUGAGCAAUUCCAAAUUGCUUGAUGGAAAUUACUAAAAGUUUUAUAUCGAAAGAUCGUUGGGCCCUUUUUUUCGAACGAACUAACGCACUUUUAUAAUAUUGUACCUAUGUUAAAAUAAAAGACCUACCAUCAAGGAAGGUCUAUAAGGAUUGUAAGUAACGAAGUUCUAGAUGAAUAAGUAAUUUUAGGGUUUGCGUCGUAGAAAUUAUCGAAGGAGAUACAGGACUGCUUAUAAAGCAAUUCCAUAAAUUAUAGUAUUUAGUGAAUUAUUGGUCCAGUGCCAUUUGUAAGUAAAUAUUUUCAUGUUUUUUUUUUUCUUUUCUUUUCUUUUCUUUUCUUUCUUUAAAUUAAUCGUUUUAAUGGACUGUUGUACUUUUUUCACGAUUACGUGACUCCUUAUAAUUUUAUUACGCUCCUUAGGUAAUAUUCUGCGGACGAAACGAAAAUUCGGAGCUUCCAUUUUAAUCAAAACGCCUGGAAGCGUCUUCCUGAUCCUUGCGGGAAUAUAUCCUGAUCUAUAUCCGAUUGUUCGGUUGUACAUAAGCUUACGAAUUUAAAUCGUAAAAAAUUUGAAGGAAAAAAAAAAAAAGAAACGAAAUUAUUUUCUUGCGUUACGUUUCAAAACGUAUUAAUAAAUUUAAUUCUCAUCGAAUCCUUCCUUGAUCAUUCAGGAAUUAAGGGUCGAGGUUUCAGGGUCAUUCUGUAAUCGAAAAUUCUGUGUAAUUACGUAAAGAAGAAUCAUUGAAAUAAACUGGAAGAGAAAUAUACGAAUUUUUUCAAUAAUAAAAAAAAUGAAGACGAUCAGUGUCCUUAAAACAUUCGACCCUUCUGCGUUGAUUCCGAAGGACUGACGGCUUAAUGAAUAUGCGAAUUCACUCAGUGAUUAAUCUUUAUCUGGAAGAAAAUGGAAAAACAACUUUCCUCGCAACAGUAUUUUAUAAUACAAAUGAUAAUACAGUGAUAUCCAGAUAAGGAUUAAGCAGGCGUAUCGAGACAAAUAUACGUAAAAAACUUUGUAUAAGUAUAUAUUCUAUAAGUCUUAUAACGUGUACAGAUUUUUCGUCCGUGCUCGAAGGAAAGACGAAGGGUUUUUUUGUACAAAACUUUCCUCAUUAACUGCGAACACGCAAAAGAAAAACGAACUUUUGCGAUUCUCUUCCUUUUUUCCAAUUCGUGUUCUUUUUUUUCUUUCUCUCCUUUUGAUAACAAUAUUCGUCGUCUAGCCAAAAGAGAACGAACAAGUGAAAAAAAAAAAAAUAGAAAAUAGAAAAAAAAAAAUUAAAGGAAAAGGAAAAUAUACGAGUACACGGUAUACGGUACUGACUACUAUUAUACCGUAUUAAUAGUAGAAACAUAUUCAUAAAGAUUUAAAAGAAAAAGUGGUAAAGAGAAAAGGAAGGAAAUCAUGAAUAGAACUUAAGUAUAGCGUGCAAUUUUACAAAGUUUCUUAAUUAAAAAAGAAAAAAGGAAACGAUAAAUGGAAGGAAAAACAAGGAAAUAUGCAGUCCUAUCGCGAUAUAGAUUAAUUUUUACAUGACACCAUGUUGUAUGGGCAAUAAUGCUGAUCAUACGAAUUUUUGAUAAUAAAACACGUUCCUAUUAAAUUAUCUGUUCAUUGUCGUAUUGUUAAGUCUUCUGAAGUGGGCGAUUAGGAAAAAAAAAGAAAAAAAAAAGACAAUGGUCUGAAGAUAUAAAGUGAGUUCGAAGAAGAUGCAAGGGAAGAAUGGAAAAUGGCCUCUUUGUAAAAUAUAAUAAGAAGACAUCCUACUUUGAAGAGGAAAAAAAUAAAAAAUAAUGAUAAUAAUACAGAGAACAAGAAAAUAAAACGAGAAGAUAGGAGAAAAGAUAAUAAAAUAACGUAAAAAAAUCUUGUAAUUUUCUAUCAUAACGACAAGAAAACUAAAAAAGGAACAUUGGUAAACGCGAAUCUAACGACGUGAGACUGUAUAUUUAACGUAAUAAUUUAUUUUCAGGGUAUCUAUCGAGAUAUUUUUUCAUUUACCACUGUAAAAAAAUUUUUGAAAAUCUACGCACUUUCUAAUAAGCUAAACUAAUAGUAGGAGUGUAAAAUUAUAUAUAAAAUUGUAAGAUGACGAUGAUUAUGAUUAUGAAGAGAGAUGAAAUUAUUAUAAUAUUAUUUUCGUCCUUUUCACGGAGGAUCGAUGAUUCAUUGGCAUUCUCAGUGUCGAACUUGUAAGAAUACCAAAAACAUUUUGUUUUAUGAAUAUUGUAAAUGAUGAACAAAUAAUCUAGUAUUCUUAUUAUUGUUCGUCACUUGAGUAUGCCGAAAACAGAGGAUAGUUAAAAAAAGAAGAAAACAAAAUUACUUUUAUCAUGUAACAUGUUAUAGAAGCGAAUUGUAUUACGCGAUGCGCUCUUUUAAAACUAAGUUUCAAUCUUUUGUUUUCCUUUAACAUCGACUUCCGCGAGUUUUUGAUUUUUAAGAGUCUGUCGAUUAAAAUUUCUAAGGAAAAAAUUUAAUAUACAUUUUAAUUUUUGAAAGAUGUGUUAAAAAAAAAUCAUUUAUAAAAUGAAAAUAAACAAUAAAUAAUAAAAUAAUGUGUAGUGGUGAACCACUAUGAAGAAACUCAUAAUACACGUGUGAACACAACACAGUAUUCAUGUCACACGCGAAAACAUCGUUUUGUAUGAAAAAUAGUCAUAAAGGAAAAAAAGAUUGUCACUUUAGAUUAGUCUGCUGUCAAUAUAACUAGAAUUAUAAUUUUGAAUGUAAUAUGUAUCAUAUUGAUUAUUGCCUAGAUAAGGAAACCGUACCGAUAAAGUUAGCGCACGAUUAUAUCAGACUUUAGGUAUAAUAAUAAAUGAUGUCCACGGGACAUUUUCAUUUUUGAA